AUGAACUUAUUCAAGUGGAGUGUAGCGCCUGACGUGCUCUCGCGUCAAAAGCUCGAAUCUUUCGAAGGAAAAUCGGUCGCUGACGCGGUUACGAUGUCGUUGGUGAAGUUUGGCGAAAAUCUGUCCGUCCGCCGAAAUUUGAAUUUUAAAGUGCGUCCAGGCGUGUUUCUGUCAGCAUAUGUGCACCCUCGGCCCAGUGCUCUUAGUGAUGACGACGUUCUUCUUGGUCACUACGCUGCAGCUCUAGCUUUUCGUCCAAAUAAAGGAGUCAGUUCUACGGAAUCUUACGAUGUCGUUGGUUCGCAGCUAUGUCAGCACAUAAUAGGUAUGAAUCCAAGAAGCAUUGGGAAUGUGGACAGGAAACCUCAAGCGGAACACGAUAACAAAGCUCCUGUUGUGUCGCCACCGUUGGAAGAUCUCAAGGAAGAGAGAUCGGAACGACAUGAAGAAGAUAUGGAGGUUCAGCACGAGGAGGAUGACAUUUUGGAGCAAACGCAGUUGAACAAUGAGACAGAACUGUUGCACCAAAGUUUCUUACUGAACCCGGAUAUAACGGUUUUAGACUUUCUGGAGGCUCAUCAACUUUCUGUAGUGGAUUAUGUUCGUUUAGAAUUAGGCGAUACAUCUGGGCAAACUUAG